AUGGUAGUAUCAGUACAUAUGUACACUAUAAACUGUUUACUUAGAAAAUUAUAUUUAUCAAAUACCGAGUAUAACUAUAAACAAUUGAUGUACAUAAGUACAUAUGACCAAAGUCAAGUGACAUUUGAAGACAAAUGGCCAUGUAUGCGACCAAUUAUUUUAAAACUAAUCAAACAGGAACCUGUAACUCAAGCAGAAUGGCAAGAUUUGUUUUACUCUGUUCAUUUAGUAUGUGUAUGGGAUGAAAAAGGUCCUCCUAAGUUAAGAGAUGCCUUAAAAGAGGAUAUAAUGGACUUUAUUAAACAAGCUCAACAGAGGGUCUUAGCACAUCAGGAAGAGCAAGCUUUGUUAAAAGCAUACAUAACUGAAUGGAGAAAGUUCUUUGCUCAGUGCAAUUAUUUACCGACACCAUUUAGACAGUUAGAAACAUCUCUUGCUGGGAAAACAACUUCCAGUGUUCAGAAAAAGAAUCAACCUGAUGAUAUUGUCAGAAAAUUAAUGUUGGAUAGUUGGAAUCAAAGUAUAUUUGGGGAAAUUAAACAAAGACUUCAAGAUUCGGCUAUGAGGCUUGUUCGUGCUGAAAGAAAUGGAGAAGCAUUUGAUUCACAGCUUGUUAUUGGUGUUAGAGAAUCUUAUGUAAAUUUAUGUUCAAAUACGACGGAUAAGCUUCAAAUCUAUAGAGAAAAUUUUGAAGCAGCAUACAUAGAAGCAACAGAAGCAUUCUAUUGGGUUAAAGCACCAGAACAAUUAUCAUUACAUGGAGUAGAGAAUUAUAUGCGUUAUGCAGAUGCAAAGUUAAGGGAAGAGGAGCUUCGUGCACAAAAAUAUUUAGAACCAAACAGUGCUAGUGUACAGCUUUUAACUGAUUGUUGCGUUCGCGUGCUAGUAGCUACUUUUAAACCAGCUAUAUUAGCAGAAUGUCCAAGAAUGAUUCAACAUUGUCAAACAGACAAACUUAGGCUAAUGCUGAAACUAAUGGAUAGAGUACCAGAAGGAGUCGGUCCUAUGUUAAGAAAUUUAGAAGAACAUAUAGCAAGUGCAGGUUUGGCAGACAUGAUGUCAGUUGUAGAUGUCAUCACUCAAGAUUCCGAAAAAUAUGUUGAAAGACUAUUAGAUCUUUUUCGUCGAUUUUCCAUUCUUGUGAAAGAAGCGUUUGACGACGAUCCCCGAUUUCUAACCGCUCGAGACAAAGCUUACAAACUAGUUGUAAAUGAUGCAACAGUAUUUAGGCUAGAAUUACCUGCUCGACAAAGUGCCGGUAUCGGUACAACGAUUUUGAAUAAUAAACCUAACAACAACAAUAAUGGACAGCCUGAAUCAAAAUGUCCCGAACUUCUUGCUAACUACUGUGAUAUGUUACUUAGGAAAACACCUCUCAGUAAAAAAUUAACUUCUGAUGAAAUUGAAAGUAAAUUAAAGGAUGUAUUAUUAGUAUUAAAAUACGUUCAAAAUAAGGAUGUAUUUAUGCGCUAUCAUAAAGCUCAUUUAACAAGGCGCUUAAUAUUAGAUACAUCUGCGGAUUCUGAAAAAGAAGAGAAUAUGGUAGAAUGGCUCCGCGAAGUAGGAAUGCCAGCUGAUUAUGUUAAUAAACUAGCUCGAAUGUUUCAAGAUAUUAAAGUAUCACAAGAUCUUAAUCAACAAUUUAAGGAACAGUGUAGAGCUGCUAUUGCAGAUAGCAUAAAUAUUAAGAUAUUAAAUGCUGGUGCAUGGGCUAGAGGUAGUGAACGCGUCACUGUAAGUUUGCCACUACAGUUAGAAGAUUAUAUUCCUGAAGUAGAAGAAUUUUAUAGAAAAAAACAUAGUGGAAGGAAAUUACAGUGGUAUCAUCAUAUGUCAAAUGGCACGAUAACAUUUUCCAACCAAGUGGGACGCUUCGAUGUGGACGUAACAACUUUUCAAAUGGCAGUUUUGUUUGCUUGGAAUCAACGACCGUUUGAGAAGAUAUCAUACGAAAAUUUACGUUUGGCCACUGAACUUCCUGAUCCUGAGCUAAGACGGACUUUAUGGUCUUUGUGUGCCUUUCCGAAACUGAAGCGUCAACUGCUCUUAGUAGAACCGCAUGCACAUAGUCCCAAAGAUUUUGCAAAUGAUACGAGAUUCUGGGUGAAUCAAGAAUUCGCUAUCAUAAAAAAUGGAAAAUUACAAAAACGGGGUAAAAUUAAUCUAAUAGGAAGACUUCAGCUGUCAACUGAACGAAGUAAAGAAGAAGAUAACCAAUCUAUUGUACAGCUUAGAAUAUUAAGGGUCCAGGAAGCAAUUAUCAAGAUUUUAAAAAUGCGCAAAAAAAUUAACAAUGCUCAGUUGCAAACCGAAUUAAUCGACAUAUUAAAGAAUAUGUUUUUACCAAGUAAAAAGAUGAUAAAGGAACAAAUUGAAUGGCUCAUAGAACAUAAAUACAUACGCAGGCAUGACGACGAUAUUAAUACUUUUGUGUACAUGGCAUAAGUCAAGUUUAUACAUACAUAUACUAUUCAAAUUCUUAUAAUUAAUAUUAUAUUUUUAUAAAAAUUCAGUUCUUGUUUAUGAAAGUGUAUGCUCAAAGAUCCCAAUAUAAUUGAAAAAAUAUUAAUGUUGUUUGCAACAUGUUCGUAAUGAACAUCUUUUAACUAAAAAAUUAAUAAUGAUACACGACAUCAUAUCGUUCAUAAAUUACGAUUAAAUAUAGUACCAUCUCCGAUUAAGGUAAUAUGCGUUGUUAAGUAAACAAAUUACUAUAAUAUUUCGGUGCAUUCAACGACAAAAUUUAUUAUAAACUUUUUUAUAAGAAAGUGUAAAUUAGAAGACAUUUAUGGAGAACUGUAUACAUUUUUAAAAGUUUCCGAUUAGAUAUAUUUGAUGAUAUUAAUAAUUUACGCUUUCAGAAAAUUGUAUUGUUCAUUUUAUAGGUAACCUAAUUUCAUAAACAACAGAUAAUAGAUCAAUGUUUUUCUGAAACCUCUGUGAUUUUAAGGUAAUUAAAUAGUUUUAUGCAAUUAAAGUAAUCAACUUAAAAAAAACUAUAUCAAAUGUUUAAAAAAUUUAUAAAUCCCUUAAAAAUUUCACAUAAUUUUGGGUGAAAAUUCUCAUUUUUAAUAAUCACGUACGUUGUACAUUACACUACGUAAUGUACGUACCCAAUGCAAAUGAUAUAAACAGACGAAUAUGUUUAUUUUCUGUAUGUGUACAUAUUUUUCAAGUGUAGCUAAUUUUCGUUAACUUUGAAUUAUAGAAAGCUUAUAAGCUAAAUGUAAGUUUUCUUGCAUUCUGCAUUCUGUUUUAUACUAAUUAAAAUCACAACUUUUUAAUCUGAAUAAAUGUAUAUUUUUACUUGCAAAGAUUUAGAUUGGAGGAUAAUGUAAUGGAAGGGUAUAUCAAAUGGCCUAUAACAUGUAAAUGUAUGAUUAAAAAAACUCAUAUUCAUUUUAUUAAAUUAAUAAAACAAUGUUAUAAUCUCUGUACUGAAAAAAAUUUCAUACAAUUACGUCAUGAAUCAUAAAAUCGUGACUUAAUAUUAUUAAUACCGUAUAUGUGUAUAAAGCUUUUAUAUUAUUUCAAUAAGCUAAUAAUAAGUGUAAAAGCGAACAAUUUCUGAAUUAAAAAAGAACUUUUUAUA